CUAAUAAACAAGUCCAAAAUGAAAAUAAGAAGAAAACAGCGAAAACGGUCCGCAGCAGCGAGGCCGCGAGGCGCGCGCGGUUAUCUGGCAGGCGCGGUGCAGGACAGGGGUUACAUGCUCGUUUACCACAGUCGGCUGUGGUAUAAUGUGUAAGGCCCUAGUUCAAGAUGACUAGUGGGAAAAUAUCCAUCGCCAGCUUUUUAGCGCUGUGAGCAGCUGCCCUGGCUGCCCGACCAAGAAACCGCGAUGGAAAUCGAUAGCACCACUACAGUUCACAAGGUGCACUUUCCGGAAUCCUUGGAUACGUUCGGGCACGACUCCAGCAUACUGGUUCAGCCACUUAACGAUGUUCACAUCAACGUUCACCUCGGCUUUAUUCAAGUGAAUCAUAGAUACGAAGUGCGCUUCCAGUUUGACAGCCCUCCACAUCUUGGUAGUCUUUCAGUAAGGACACAGGACCCCCCAAACCUCAACCUUAGGGUGCUCGAACUGAAGCCCGUGAUCUCUUCAGGGCCCAGGUAUGAAGUCGUUCUGGAAUUGCUCGCCUAUAAAGAGAAACUACUUCGAGAACAGCUUCUGCUACAGUCCUGCAACAACCCACUGCUCACACUGACACUCAUGCUCAAUGCCAGGGUUCUUGGGAAGGGAAAAGGCACACCAUUUCUCAAAACUGGAAUCCACUGCAUUGGAAUUGAAAUGGAUGAAGAAUCGGACCACAGCGACUGGCAAGGCUUUGAUUAAGCCAGUGCUGAAAGCCUUCUGUGUACAAGUCUUUGCAAGACCUUUUUUUGAGCUGUGAACUGGCUGAUGUACUGAACCUGAAGUGUGCAAGGCCUUGACUAGUGUGUGUAGUGAUGGAAUGUCCAUUAUGUUUCAUGUGUGAGGGGAUCUCAUUGUCUCACCUGAAGAAAAUUGUUAGAUAUAUUCAGACUAGUGGACAAAGCUGUGGCAGCAUAUUUUGCCGGGCUGGUGACUGCACACAUGAGUAGUUACUAUUCGCCUAAAGAAAAUUGUUCUGCAUUUGCAGAUGAGCUAAAGCUAUGGUAGCAUAUUUUGCUAGGCCAAUGUUUGUGAACACAAAUAAUUACUAUUCAACACACCUGAAAAACAAGCUUGCCAUGUCUUUUAAGAAGAAGGACAAGGGUAUCUUAUGGGCCCGAUUUUCUUGUUAGUUACAAUCAUACUAAGCACCUCACCGGUGAUAUUCACUCCACAGCUAUUAACCCUGCUGCAAGUGGUGCAUACAGGGUCAUUUGUUAACCCUUUAACUCCCAUGCUUGAAUUGUGUAUUUUCUAUGCAGUUUAUACAAGUUUUACCAAAGAUGA